UUGUUGUAGCUGCGUUCACACCGCUACAGAGAAUUUACCAGCAGCCACGUGUGUUUCUCCACGUGUGUAAACUUUAUUUUAAACAUGGGAAAAAAGCGUCAAAAUGCAGAACCACUGGAUUCCCUAAUGCCAGCAAAUAAAAAGAAAACCGAAAGCGAGUUUAAUGGGACGGUCUUUAAAUCCAUGCUAAAGGAUCCUAGCAGUGCAUUCAAAGGUUUAGAAAUCUUCAUAAAGACAGCCAAAAAACUCCCAUGUGCCAACCUUUAUGAUGUAGUUGAAGGCUACAUUAAAAUCUCAGCCGAGUGUUCUGAAAUAUUGUCAUUAUUGGAGGGAGAUACCCAUUCUGAAACUGAGUUGGUGCUGAUAUUUCAGAGUUUAGAGAUGAUUUUCCUGCGGACAGCAAGUGACCUUUCUCAUUUCAGCAUGGUGGGCUCCACAGUUGUGAAGAAGAUUGUCUCAACACACAUGAAACUGCUGCAGUCCUCUUUGUGUUCAGCGAAUCGUCAGUUUGUACAGCAGUGUCUCCGCUUGCUGGCAGCAAUGGUGUCCCAGGGUGCGGACUCUGCACGGGAGAUCUUCAGCAGUUUGGUCUACACUAAAACACUCAGCAGCCUUGCUCGCAUUAGAGACAAAAGUGGCCGACCAGAUGUUCGCAUGGCCUACAUUCAGUUUGUCCUUUCUUUCAUGAUGUGUGGUGACAGCUCGCUUGUAGGACACAUACUGGACACCAAAGAUUUCUUUUCAGAAAUCCUAAACACAGGAUUGAAAGAAGACCGAAUCUCAAUAGUCAGCCUGAUUCUUUCCACCUUACAAACAAAAGUUGUGCACAAUACAGCUAUCAGUAAGUCACAGAAAGUGCGUUUCUUCAGUGCUUCUACUCUGGCUCAGAUAGCUUCUCUUUAUAGAUGGAAUGGGAUUCUGGAUACCACCACCUUUCAUAGUCAGGAGGUGAAUGAACAGGAGGGAGGCAGACUCCUUGCGCGAGACUUGGUUCAUAACUUCCUUCUUGACGUUUGCUGCUCUCAUAAAUAUGGUAUAAGCUUCCAUGACCCAAGUCUGGGGACAGCCAUGAGAGCUGGAAACAUUGUUCUACUGCAGUUUGUGGUGACCCUUAGGCAGGCUGCAGAGGAUGACCUGGUGGCUGAGCUGCUUGUCAGUAUUCUGAAAUGUAACCCUGAUAUUCUGCCCCGGUACUUCAAAGAAACACAAUUCUCCUUCACACCACGCAUGAAAGGAGCCUGGCUAGACAGUAUUGCACUGCUGAAGAAGAUUUAUCAUGCCCAGCCGGAAGUGUCCCGGGCGUUCCAGUUGCAAGAGAUGGUUCCUGUUCCCCGUUUGCUCAACAUGGUUCUAGUCACUUCCUUGCCUCCAGUUUGCAACAAGACCUUCUUCACUCAAGGCCUCAAAUUGCCCAAUGUGGUGGGACAGCAUGCUACCCUGUCUGUGCUGGUGUUUAUCCUGAGGAGAGCUCAGAAGAAUAUUGAGCACAGUCUGAAGAGACCAGCGUGGGACGGUUUAGACACGUACAGCCCCACUUCCAUGGAGGAGUUUGUUCAGCUUUACAGAGAAGCAUUGAGUAAAAUUUUACCAGAUGUCAUAUCCAUUGUGUCAAUGUGGCAAUCACUGUCAAAGAAGGAGAAAGAGGAGGGUGAGGAAAGCACUGGUGCAGCUGGAUCAAAAGCACAGGAUGAGGUUAAAACUGAAGAAUAUGCAGGUGAGCAAGAUCCAACACUGAUCCAGUUCAAGGCUCUGCUGCUGCAGGUGUUGCGUUUGUAUCAUAAGGUUGUACCACACUUCAUCAGCCAGAGCAAAUUUGACUUCAGCAAACUGCUACAAGGCAUUGUGUCAGAGAAGGAAAUGAGGAAUGAGGUCCCUCCUGUUCUGCAGUACCAGAUCCUGCAGCUUGCUCUGGAGCUCCCUGCAAGCAAGUUCUCCUGGUUCCGUCUCCAGGGUGUAGUCAAUCCAGAGCCAGCACGAGGGGAAGGUUCUGUUUUCUAUCAGUUAUUGAAGAUGUUUAUCAGCAGUAGCAGCAGCCAACUGAGGACCUCAACCAGAAAGCUUGUUCUUAAGGUGCUGAGAGACAGUGGUGUGUUUGAGCAUACCUGGAGAGAGCUGGAACUAUGGGUAGAUCACUUGCUCCCUUUGGAGCCAUCACAACAGGAAGAAGCCAUCCAGUUUUUAGACCAGGUUUUGAUGAAGGUUGUAUGUAACCCAUAUGAGUAUGUGGAUAAAGUUGCUGCUAUGGUGCAGGAGGCUGUGUGUCUGCAGGCUGAAAUGAGUGGGCAGAACAGAGGGACAGGCACCUUGCCUAUAUCUCACAUCAACGAUAAAUUAGGUGCGUUUGCUAUCAUGGAUGACAGGGGAAAUGGCACUGAGAAGACUGGGUCAUCCCUCACUGAUGAUGUACUCCAGACAUUUCCUUUCAGUGCCAUUGUACCAGCUGUGCUGGAGGCACGGAACAAACUGCUAGUGAACUUCAGAGAUGAGAAAGCUGUACUGUGUGACUACACGUGUGCAGUGCUGUGCGACGUCCUUCAUUGUCAAAGGGAUCCACUGACUCUGUGUUUGACUCUCCAACACUAUGAUAAAGAGCUUCUCUCUGCUGAGAACUCCAGACCACCUCACUCCUGUCUUGCCUCCUUCUGUCUUUACUACUCUCACUGGCUUCCCCAAAAGCCUGAGGAGACAUGGUUGUCACAUUGCAUUGCUGCUGCCCCACCUGCUGUGGGCUUUCCUGCCUUCCUAAAGACGUGCUACAGUGAAGGACCUGAUGCUUUCGUCCGGGACUCAUUUAAGCCAGCCCUGGAAAGGUCUAUGUCCAGCCUACAGCUGUCCCAGGUCACUGGUGCUGUCACUCAAGUCCUGCUGUACCUCAGAUCUUUUGUGGAUGCUUUCAGCGUGCUCCCCAAAGGCCAGGCAGCUGAAGUGGUGGGUUGUGUAUUAGAGGUGUUAGGCGCUGUGCUCCACAACCUGCGCAGCACAGCAGAGACUCCCCCCAACCAGCCUGAACCUCAGGAACUAGACAAGCUUUCUCUAGAGAUGGACUCUACAUGUGCCCAGGAAGCCAACAAAGAGCAGGUUUUGCUUUUUGUGUUCAGUUCAGUGUUUACGCACCCAGUUCUACAGCAGUGGUUUCUGGCAGUGGAGCUAGAUGUGGUGCCACACCACUCCUUGGAGGUGGACAGCGUAAGGCAACUGUGUGUCCAACUGACGCAGGGUGUCCUCAACCUACUGCUUUCCUUUGCUGAGACCCUCAAAGCCCUCAACGCCCUGGAACUCAUCAGCCCUUACCUCUCAGCCACACAGCAAGCGAUGCUCAAAGAGCUGCAACACAGUGGCAGGUGCCUUAAUGAGGAAUCCCAAUCUGUUGAAGCCUUCCUGGCACUGUAUGACUACAUGGAGCCAUCCAGUGUGAACGAGGUCCUGUCUGCCCUGCUGCUGCUGCCCCAGAGCAGCCUACUGGCUGAGGGUGAUAAGCUCAGUUUGUAUGGCCAUGCUGUGCUGAAGGUUCUCACAAAGAGCUCAGCUCCACCAGGGAAAAUCACCCUAUAUCUGUCUUCAGCAAACCUGCACAGCCUAGCUACUUUGUACACCUCCUGCCACAGUGCUCAACUAGAAAAUGUUCUGCUGCAGGUGCUGCAGAGAGAGCCUUGGAGUGCUAAACUUGUCCCAACUGAUGUUCUUCUCCACUGCCUUCAGCAGUGCUCUAACUUGAACCUGGCAGCACUGUUGGUACAGAACUGCUCCACUCACUGCUUGAGCUUUGAGCUUUGGUGCCUGGAACAGUCUGACCUUGCAGACAUCACAGCUGUAAACAACAGCUUUCUCUGCCUGCUGACAAGCUACAUUCGACAAGCUGUCACUCUGGAUCCCUGCAGACCUACAGACAUUCAAAAGUCAGUCCUGCAGAUGUUGGCCAAAACUUUCUUGGCUGAGUUGUUGAGCUCAGCGCUACAGGUGGAAGCUGGUGUGUCUCUGGACCAGUGUAUAGAGAUCCUGUCCAGCCUUAUCCAGCUAGGUGAUAUGGCUCCUGAACUCUACCAGCUCAUUAGUGACUUACCUGCCUACCUUCAAAAGCCAGAGAGCUAUGAAAGGUGGCAGCUAGCAGACUCCAUCACUGCGAAGCUGGCUGAUACACCAGAGCAACUGCACUGGAGAAAAUCUUUGCUCACUGCUGCUUUCCACUGGCUAUCAAUAACCUACAAAGAGCAGAAGAAGCCACAGUUUACAAAAGAGGAGGCCAUGCUAAAGAGACUGAAAACACUACUGAUCUCUCCAGAGAAUGUUAGAGCUGUGGACUGGAAUGUCUUUGUUAAGUCAGGUCUAAAGUAUCGCUAUCAAGAUCAAGGCUUCUUGGUCACAUUUAACACUUUGUUGGAGCUGGUGUACAAAAGUGUAAAUACUUCCAAAGAGUUGCUCUCCAUAGAAACUCUCCACAUGAUGGUCACUAGUCAUUCUCUGUUCUUGCCCACAAUGCUGUCCUCCCAGAACGAGGCAGACAUUAUUCCUGAUUGUAAAGAGGCACUGGUAUCUCUCUUGCUCACCUUGGUGAAAAAAUGCCCCGAGGUCUGUAACAGCAAUCAUUUUCCUGUUCUUCUCGGUGCAUAUGGAGCUACACUAAAUCCUACAGAUCAGAAACUGCUACAGCUACUGCAAGAAUAUGAGAAGAAAAACAUUAGUCUGGUUAAGUUUCAGUGUUUGCUCUGGGGUCCUGCAGCAGUGGACUACCAAAAGACACGGAAGUGCUUGGGGCUAUCACUAUGGCAACAGCCCAGCUCGGAGCAGCUUUUGGCCCAGCUGGCUGCAGACAGGAUGCUAAAUACUGUUGCCUUCUUUCCACUACACCGUCGCCUGGUGCCACAGGAGGGACAAGAGGUGAUUUGCACAGAGGAGCCAAAAGGCACUCCAGAUAAGCUGUGUCUGUAUGACCCCUGCUUUCUUCUCCCUCUUUUCAGCUUCAUUCUUCGCCCAGAGUCUGUGGUAGACUGCCAGAAGUUUGUGUCUUGUCAUGCUCUGGGUGUCACUGUAGUGGCUCUAAGCAGCCAUGAUCAUAAAAUGAGGUCUGCAGCCUAUCAUGUACUAUGUUCCUUCUACGAGCAUCUGGAGGGAGCCUGCUUCAGAGAGAAAAAACAGCUGCUUUACCUGUUGGAUACGGUCAAGAAUGGGAUUCAGAAACAAAACCUCAAGGUCUCAUUUGUACAUACCACCUACAUUGCAAAAGUGGCUCAGCAGAUUCUGAGGCCUGAGGAGCACUUGUACCUGGUGAUAAAUAGGUUUCUUUUGGGAACACAGUGUGUGGAUCUCAACAGGGUUCCUGACUUCUUCAGACUUUUUUAUAGCUUUGAUUUGGAGCAUAAACUGGAGCGGGACUGGAUGCUGAAUGUGUUGGAAGAGGGCAUGAUGGACAGACUCAGCUUUAAUCUGUGUGAACAGCAGAGCAUCUAUCACACACUUCUUGGCUUUUGCAGCAGCCCUCUUUGUGACCAACCUAUCCAGAUUCAGAUUGUGAAUAUACUCAGAAAGAGUGCACGUGUCAUCAGAGCAGCUUAUGACCUCACUAAGGCUCAUGGAGUUCUAACAUGGAUCAUACAACUCACAGAAAAGAGGUGUCUUGAUGGCAAGCUGUUGAGUGCUGUGAUUGGACUGCUCCAUUCCCUGUGGUUCACUAACCUAGGCGAGAAAGAGAGCAGCAGAGCAGGGGUGCAGAGCACCAGGGCAGCAGACCAACAAGGAGAUGGUUCAGCCAAGUGCUUUCCUCUCCCAAUUAUCAGCGACUUCCUGUGUGCCCUGCUCUCAGUCAUUAGACACCUGAGGAGUGGAGUGGAAAUAAAAGAAGUGCAGUGGUUUUUGCAGACCUUGGGAUCUGUGCUGAGACAUCAGAAGAUGUCUCUUGGUGCCUAUAAGGAUGCUGGCUGGCUAACAAUGCACCCCCACAACCUUUCGUGCUCUGCAGCACUCAGGCUGCUUCACUGCUGGGGAACACUGACCCAUGACAAAGCUUUACUGUUUGACCUUCAUGACCUGGCCUACAAGCACAGCAUUAGAGGACUGUUUGAAACAAACAAGGAGAAAUUACGAGGGAAAGUUUCUUCAAAGCCUUCCCAAUCCUGUCUGGAGCAUCUGCGUGAAGUUGCAGAUGGACAUCUAGAUGAGUGCAAAUCCAUCCUGAUGAAUAUUCUUGCAAACUGGGAGCCAUGGCGUGUCCUACCCAAUUCUAACCUUUGUAGUAGUGACUUUCCUGAUUCUAGCAGUCUGAUCUAUGCAACUGCUCACACUGUCCUUAAAUGGAUCCUCAAGACUUUGUCUGAGAUGAGCUAUGAUCAAAGCAACACCUGUGCCUUCUUGAAAUGGUUGCAAAGUGUUGUUCUGUCCUAUAAAACAAUUGCAGAUUCUUUGCUAUCUGAUGAAGCUAUGCGAGUUGACCUCUUGAGACUGUACCACCAGACAUGUGAGUACAGAGUGGAGGAAAAAAGCAUCUCCAAACUGGACGCCGUUGAGCUUUUUACCUCAACUAUGGUGCACUUGUUAGAGGUGGAACGAUCCCCAGAUGUUCUUCACACGAGUGUGAUAAAGGCAUGCUUGUACACAACUACUGAUGAAGGUCCCAAAAGGGAAGCAGGGCUGAAGUUACUGUCCUUGUACAUUCAUGAACUUUGGAGUGGAGCCAAGGUGCCUCAGCUGCUCCUGACUCAUGCCAAACUAGUGACCAGAGACAGAAAGAAGUCCCAGAAAAGUUCCAAAAGUCCUGUCGUACACCUUUGUAAAGACAUUCUCUCUGCUUUGGACUCUUGAUAACUUGAAAUCAAAAAUGUCAAAUAUACAUUAAUGUUAACCUUUUGCAUGUUUGUAAAAACCCAUUUUAAUAUAAAGGCUAAGUAUGACCUUGAACACAAGAAUAUUGCAGUGCUGGAAUACAUUAAACAAUACAAUAGGUUGAAUUCAUUAUGAGAAGAAAAACCGGUUUUUAGUCAUGUUAAAUAUUCAGUAACAUUCCUAAUGUAAAAUUUGUUUGUCAUUACAGCUCAAGACUUGUGUUGCUCAUGCAAUUGUUUACACUGGUGUGACAUCUAUAAACGAACCUUAAGCUUAAAUCCAUAAUUUACAUGAGGAUUAAGCAAAGUGUGAUUUUUGUUUUGACAAAAUUAAAUUAAUUUUAUUGGGAAUGGAAAAAAAGUCUGUACUCUAACAUAAUGUCCAGAAAGGAGUUGGAGAGUUGGAGAGUUGGAGAAUGUGGAGCAUUUAUUAAAUGAAGAUGUGCAGAGGUUUUUUGGUUUGUUUUUCUUGUGUAGAAUCUAGCUCCUAUAAUGCUUUUGUCCUACCUGCUUGCUUACUUUGUAAAGUGCACAUAUGUUUUGAAUACCUUGUUUGACAUAGGGUGGACUAUGUAUUUGAAUGUUAUGCGCAGUAUUCAGUUUAUACUUUCUAUUGUAGUAUAACAGUAUUUUUAACACAACAUAUUUUUGACCUGCCACUGGACUAAUACGAAUUAGUGUAUUAAAAUUGUUUGAAUGAACAUACAUAUGAACAUAAUAGGGCGCGUCACAAAAAAAGUUGUAAUUGAAUGAAGUUGUAAUUUGCAAUUAAUGCUAAUGCUUCCUCUGCUGGCCUAAGAAUAUAUUGCCAUUCCUAAUUGUGUAGACAAGAUGUGUUUGUCAAGUUUCCAUAUUUCCUGUGCAGUUUUAGAACAUAUAUAUAAUUGCAAAGUUUGAAAUGUUAUUGAGAUGUUUAGUGUGAAAUCA